AUGGGGCUGCUGAGUAUUAUUAGGAAACAAAAACUCAAGGAUAGAGAGAUUCGCUGCUUAAUCUUAGGACUAGACAAUUCAGGGAAGUCAACGAUUGUGAACAAAUUAUUGCCCGAAGAUGAGCAAAAUGCUAAUGAUAUAAUGCCCACGGUCGGUUUUCAGAUACAUAGUCUUAUGAUACGAGAUGUGAUGGUAUCGCUAUGGGAUGUUGGUGGGCAACGCACAUUAAGGCCAUUUUGGGAUAAUUAUUUUGAUAAGACGCAGGUGAUGAUAUGGUGUAUAGAUGUAAGCCUUAUGAUGCGACUUGAUGAAACUUUGCAAGAGCUGAGUGAACUAGUCAAUAGAGACGAAAACCGAAUAGGAUACGAGUGCGCAGUCAUCAUUGUGUUGAACAAGAUUGAUUUGGUGGAAAACAAGUCCGAACUGUGUCAAAGAUAUGCAUCGGUAGAAAGCAAGCUGAAGCGUCUGUUCAAGCCGGACAUCCGAGUAGCCCUCGUUCAAUGCAGCGGGAUCACCGGAGAAGGUAUCGACAACCUGCGUGACGGACUGGUGGAGGCCUGCCAUUUUACCUAA